AUGUCUGCCCCCGAGCUUGCAGACUAUUGCUUCUAUGCUAUAUACGAGUCUCUGGGCUCGUACACGUAUGCAGGUGCCACUACAUCCAGUUCAACCUCAAGCGACUCGUCAACUUCUCAGAGUUCUUCUAGUUCAACCUCACAUGGCUCUUCCUCCUCCUCAAGUGCCGUCGUCACAACAUCACAUGGCUCCUCAAAACGGGCAUUCGCAAAGAGAAUGGCUAGACGUGGUCAUCAUGGUAGUUCAUCUACUGGAGGCUGCACGAGCACAGUGGGUGUCAUGUCCUUGUAUGCCAGUGCGAAGGCGUGGUGUAACAAGAAGCAACUGGAAGCCACCAUUCCUUACUGGCAAAGCCUGUGUGAGCAGAACAGUGCUACUUUGAUCGAUCUGACUGAUAUCGUUGCCAAUGCCACCGACUCUUAUAUCGCAUCUUUGCCAACUGUCGAUCCAGAGGCAAAUAGCACGACGACAACCGGCACUAUUGAGAGUCCAGUCUUGCUUAGCCACUCAUACUACAAGCGAGCUUACAAAUCUUAUGUCACCCACGACUAUGCACUGAGCAAAGACAAACGUUAUGGCUGGGGUCUUAUGGGCUACUGGGGUGGAAUACUGGCUCUCGGCAUGAUUGUCAAGGCCUGGAAAUCCUUCCGAGCCCAUCUCAAUGGCCCCGGACGCGGCGAUUCUGAGAAGAGUGGUUUCUAUGCUGCUGGUCGUAAUUCCUGCGCGCCAGUGGCUGCAAUUACCCACUUCAUCCGGACUCACUUUGUCAUUCCUGCCAGCUUUGCCCCCGGCCUUUCCAAUCACCAGCAGCUCUUCUGGUUCCACACUAUCCCAAAACGAUUGGAUCUUUUGAUCGUUUUUGGCUGGUGGGCGGUGUGUAUCAUUCUGUCAUGUGUUGACUACCAGAGCUUCCGCGGCAAUAUUCAGACGCCGAGUCUACACGAACAAAAUUGGCAAUACUCGUCUGACCGUACAGGAAUUCUGUCUUACGCCUGUCUUCCAUUUCUUUGGCUCUUCGGUGGACGAAACAACAUCUUCCUUUGGGCAACAGACUUCAAUGUCCAGUCUUUCAACAUCUUCCACCGCCAUGUGGCCUGGGCUUGCACUCUUCUGGCUAUUGUUCACUCAAUCAACUACACCGUGGUUUUCCAGGUCUACGACGGCAGAUAUCACAGUGCACUUAAGCAGAAUUACUUCUACAUGGGUAUUGUUGCCACGGUGGUGAUGUCUGUUAUGCUCUUCCAAUCCGGCACGUGGCUUCGUCAGAAGUUUUACGAGACCUUCUUGAUCAUCCACGUUGUCCUAGCCAUCUUAACCAUAUACACUCUUUUCCGUCACACCAGCUUUGAUGGCACCGUCUACAACGGCUACCUCUGGCCAAUGGUCGCCAUUUGGGGCUUUGACCGCACCGUGCGCUACCUCCGCGUGAUCUACUGCAACUGGAACGUCCGCUUCGGCAAGGGCUUUAUCAACACCACCUCCUCCACUGUGUCCUAUAGCUCGGCCAGCGAUCUGAUCCGCAUCGAAAUGAUCCCCGCGGCCCACAGCCUCACCCCCGCCCCUGGCCAGCACUACUACCUCUACCAACCCUUGACCCUACGCGGCUGGGAGAACCACCCCUUCACUCUGGGCUGCUACAACACAUCUGGUGCUGAGGCAAAACUCAUCUUCUACAUCCGUCCCUACGACGGCUGGACCCGACGUCUCCGCGACCAGUGCCAGAAGUCUGGGGGUAAGGAUUUGACCAUCGCGCCUCGGCUGCUCCUGGAAGGCCCCUACGGCCACCAGAUCCCGCUGCACACCUUCGACACUCUUCUUCUGAUCGUCGGAGGCACCGGUAUCGCCGCGGCAGUCCCGUACAUCCUCGACCACGUUUCUCGUCUCGCAGCCGGAGGCAAGACCCGCACCACCAGGAUCCACCUCGUCUGGUCCGGCCGUCAGAGACAGAUGUUCGAUGAAGUCUGCUGCGCGGAUUUGGUCGCCGCGCUGGAGUGCGCGGAUAUCCACGCCACGCUGUAUUGCACGGACAAGAGUAGCAUGGGGGCGAUGACUACCGUUGUCACCGGCGACGAGAAAUCUAGCGCUGCAGUCCCGCAGGUCGAUGCGGUGGGCGCGGAGGCAAAGGAGGCCGGCCAAUUCGUGCAGGAUUCUUCCAGCCAGGAGUCCCGACCCAUGAAGGUGGAGGAUCUUGGUCUGGAGGUGCGCUACGGACGCCCGGACAUCACGGCCACCGUGCAGUCGGUCGCGGAGGAGGCCCGCGCCAGUGUGUCUCGGUUGGCGGUAUUGACGUGUGGCCCGGCGGUGAUGGCGGAUGAGUGCCGGAUGGCGGUUUAUGGGGUGAUGAAGGGGGGAUUCCGCCAGGUGGAGUACUUCGAGGAAGCUUUCGGGUGGUAG